AGCAGGUGGCAUCCUGACCUCAGCAGAGGCGGCGUUCUAUUUCACAGGUACAGGGGAUCUCCAGCCCAAACAUCUGAAAAGAAUUCGGAGCCCAGCCAAAUCCAUGAGCAGCAAAAACUCUCUGGAACUGCAGAGGACGGCAGCCCUCACAGCCGAGGGCUGCAGCAACACUGGCUUUCAGUAUGAUGACGACUGCUUUGAAAACCAGAACACAUCAGGAAAUGACAACUCACUAAGGAGUAGAGUUGUGCAAAACAGAGAGCAAGAAAAGGGCAAACAGGGGGAAGGGCAAGUCACCAUUGAGCAGGAUUCUCCAAGAAAGGAUGGAGAUGAGGAGGAUCAAGAGACACAUCAAAAAGGGUGCCUGGAAAGGAAGUAUGGUACAGUUUAUGACUUUUGUAGGGAACACCAAACAAUCCUUAAGUCCAUGACCUGGGGCAUUUUAAUAGCAGGUUACCUGGCUCUGGUGAUUGCGGCCUGUGUGCUGAACUUUCACAGAGCCCUUCCUCUUUUCGUGAUCACGGUGGUUGCCAUCUUCUUUGUGAUCUGGGAUCACUUCAUGGCCAAAUAUGACUCUCAAAUCGCUCAGUUCCUCUCUCCUGGCCAAAGGCUUCUGGACAGCCACUGGUUCUGGCUGAAGUGGGUGAUUUGGGGCUGCCUGAUCCUGGGAGUUAUUUUCUGGCUGGUCUUUGACACCGCCAAAUUGGGCCAACAGCAGCUGGUGUCCUUCGGUGGACUCAUAAUGUACAUUAUCCUGACAUUUCUAUUUUCCAAGCACCCAACCAAAGUUGACUGGAGGCCUGUCUUUUGGGGUAUUGGGUUACAGUUUCUUCUUGGGCUUUUGAUACUAAGGACAGAACCUGGAUUUAUGGCUUUUGAUUGGCUGGGGAAACAAGUUCAGACGUUCCUGGAAUACACUAAUGCUGGCGCCUCAUUUGUCUUUGGUGAGAAAUAUGAAGACCACUUUUUUGCAUUUAAGGUCCUGCCUAUCGUGGUUUUCUUCAGCACCGUGAUGUCCAUGUUGUACUACCUUGGAUUGAUGCAGUGGAUCAUUAAAAAGGUUGGAUGGGUAAUGCUAGUGACUAUGGGAACAUCUCCUGUUGAAUCUGUAGUUGCUUCUGGCAAUAUAUUUGUUGGACAGACAGAGUCUCCACUGCUGGUCCGACCAUAUUUACCAUAUGUCACCAAGUCUGAACUCCACGCUGUUAUGACCGCUGGGUUCUCUACCAUUGCUGGAAGUGUCUUAGGCGCAUACAUUUCUUUUGGGGUUUCGUCCUCUCACUUGUUAACUGCUUCAGUUAUGUCUGCACCUGCGGCAUUGGCUAUUGCUAAACUUUUUUGGCCUGAGACAGAAACACCUAAAAUAACCCUCAAGAAAGCCAUGAAAAUGGAAAAUGGUGAUUCAAAGAAUCUCCUAGAAGCCGCAGCACAGGGAGCAUCCUCAUCCAUUCCCCUGGUGGCAAACAUCGCUGUGAAUUUGAUUGCCUUCCUGUCCCUGUUGUCUUUUGUGAAUUCAGCCCUGUCCUGGUUUGGAAACAUGUUGGACUACCCACAACUGAGUUUCGAGGUAAUAUGCUCCUACAUCUUCAUGCCCUUUUCCUUCAUGAUGGGAGUGGACUGGCAAGACAGCUUUAUGGUUGCCAAACUCAUAGGUUAUAAGACAUUCUUCAAUGAAUUUGUGGCUUAUGAGAAACUCUCAAAAUUGAUCCAUUUAAGGAAAGAGGGUGGACCCAAAUUUGUGGACGGUGUGCAGCAAUAUAUGUCGAUUCGUGCUGAGACAAUUGCCACUUAUGCUCUCUGUGGCUUUGCCAAUUUCGGUUCCCUAGGAAUAGUGAUCGGCGGACUCACAUCCAUAGCUCCUUCCAGAAAGCAUGACAUCGCCGCAGGAUCAGUGAGAGCUCUGAUUGCAGGGACCAUCGCCUGCUUCAUGACAGCCUGCAUCUCAGGCCUACUUACCAGCACUCCUGUGGACAACAACUGUCAUCACAUUUUGGAGAAUGCCUUCAACUCCAGCUUGGUUAGAAACACAACCGAUGUAGUAUCUUGUUGCCAGAGUCUAUUGAGCAGCGCUGUUGCCAACGGUCCCGGUGAGGUCAUCCCAGGAGGAAACCAUAGCCUGUAUUCUUUGAAACACUGCUGCGAUUUGUUGAAUCCACCAACACUAAACUGCAGUUGGAUUCCUUUUUGAGUUCAGCCACUUCUCCAACAGAAAAAAAUGUGAAAAAAGAAAAAAUGUGAAAAAGGUUUUGGAAUACCUUGAGUAAUUUAUUCGUGUUUUCAUUUUUGUUCAUGCACAAGAGUAAUUUUUUUAAAUCCAUGUGUAAAUAGUUGACUUGUGUUUGUGUGUGUGUGUGUGUGUGUGUGUGGUGAUGGUGGUGAUGAUGAAGUAGGAACCUAAAUGCCCAAAGGACUCUUUAUCUCCAAAGUACAAUAUACUAGGAUAUUUCUAAUUAUUGAUCAUUUGUAUCAUAUUUUUCUUGGAACUUACUGUGCCCUUUCAGUACUGAGACUUUAUUUUAGAAAAAAUAUAUUUACGUGUCUUUUCCCUCUGUUCUCUAUGUUCUGGUGUUAGCCUUCAUAAAAGGCUAUGGAAUAGUGUGUCAGGGAUGCCAAUUAUUCAUAUGCUGGUUCUCCUUUGUUUGCUAUGGCUAUUAUUUUUCUUUCUCACUCUUUUUUCUCUUUGUAACUGUUUGCUCUUUUCUAUUCUAUUUAAUUCCUGAGAGUUAAUUAAGUUUCUUCCUUUUCAAAUUCAAAAAUUAAUAUUAACUUCUAAUAAUAAAAGUGGCAAUUUUACACACACACACACACAACUUUCUCUCCAUCCUGUUCACCCCAGCUCUCUUUCCAGUACCACACCCUGAGAUUAUUGUUAAUGGUCUAGUACAAGCAUCGUUCUCUAAACAUAUAAAAAUGUGGCAGAUUUGUUGUUUCUACACAAGUAGAAUGACUCUAUUUAUAUAUCACCUUCAUCUUCUUUUCACUUGGAGUGUGUGUGAUUUUACAUAAAAGAGAUAAUAUACACUCUGGGGGAGGGAGGGAGUUAGAGGUUUUAUUUUUUUUCUACUUGCUUCCUUCUUCCUUUCCCCUGCCCCAUCACAUACAGGUAACCCAAGUUAAAUAACGUGAUGCAUCAUUUUCUGUACCUUUUUUAUGUCCUGGUCAUAUUUUACAAACAUAUCCAUCUAUUGAGGAUUGGAAUGGUAGUUUUACAAUACUGGUAUUACUCACAUUUUUAUGUGGUUUACUUUUAUUCUAUAACAAUACUUUGUAGGUAUUCUAGUCCACCAGCAAACUUUAACUAUUCUUUUCAAAGGCUUCAUAAUAGCCCAUGACAUAUUAUAUAUAUAUAUGAAUACUGGUCAUUACUCUAUGGACAAGCAUUCACUUUGUUUUCAGUUUUUUGUUUUUGUUUGGUGUUUUCUGGUUUUUUGUUUUGUUUUGUUUUGUU